AUGAGCAGGAAGGGGGUGAAGGCCCUGGUGGACUCGCUGACCCGAUCCGACAAGCACUUUAACAAAAGCGAAGUGGAAUGUCUGGUCAAGCUCUUCGAUACUCUGGUGGCCAGGGCCAGCAGUGACUAUGCUGGGACCGGCUUCGACCGCACCAUGUUCCGGGACACCCUGCACAGCGCCUUCGGCAUGACGGAUGACGUGGUGCUGGACCGAGUGUUCAGCAUUUUCGAUAGAGACAACGAUGGCUCCAUCACUGUGGUGGAAUGGGUGGAAGGCUUAGGAGUGUUACUUCGGGGGACACUGGAAGAGAAGAUGAAACUCUGCUUUACCAUUUAUGACCUGAAUGGUGAUGGAUACAUUUCGAAAGAGGAAAUGUUUCAAAUGCUGAAAAACAGCCUUCUCAUACAACCAGCAGAUGAAGAGCCUGAUGAGGGAGUUAAGGACUUGGUAGAGAUAGCACUGAAGAAAAUGGACCACGAUCAUGAUGGCAAGCUUUCUUUUACGGACUUUGAAAAAACAGUCAGAGAUGAAAACCUUCUCUUAGAAGCAUUUGGACCAUGCUUGCCAGACAUAAAGAGCAGUAUCUCAUUUGAACAGAAAAUUUUCGGGGAAACUCCUAAAUAGUUGUAACUAUUGUAACUCCAUUGCUGCAUACUGUUAAAAGGGGUCUUCAUCUUCACCGUUCUUCAUGAUAUAGUAAAAAUAGUUUAAAGUUGCUCCUAAGCUUCAGUAUUCCUUUGCUGUCAAAGCUAUUGAAUAAAUGAAUUUUCUUCUGUAACUCUACCUAAA